AUGAAAGCAGUUAUCAUAUUCCUCAUCAUCCUUGGAGCCCUCUCAGGUUUAUCUGAAGGAGAAGGUAUUUUGCCAGAUGGUCCUCUAAUCGCAUCUGUAGGAGGGACAGUAACAUUUACCACAACACUCACUCCAACAAACACACCAUUUAGUGUCAUUCUUUGGAAAUUUGGUAUUAAUACUAUAAUAUCCUCUGAAAUAAUCUCAAACACAACUGCACCAGAGUAUGAAGGAAGGAUUACGCUCUUCAUAUCUACUGGAUCUCUGGAGCUCAGGAAUCUGAAACUUAGUGAUGCAGGAGAGUACGUAGUUACCAUUUUUCCAGGAUUUUUGGAAGGAAAGACCAAACUAAUUGUUUAUGAGCCAGUCUCCAGUGUAACCGUCACUGUCAACAACACAGACUUGGUUGAGUUCAGCGACUCUGUCAGUCUGUCCUGCUCUUCCUCUGGAUCCUUCCUCUCUUUCCUCUGGAUGAACGGCAGCUCUGAGGUCGCAGCCAGUGACACAGUUCAGAUCACUGAUGGAGGCUCCACUCUGAUUAUAAUUGGUGUGACCCGCUAUGAUGAGGGACCAUACAGCUGUCGUGUGUCCAAUCCUGCCAGUAAUGCCAUCAGUGAUCCAGCAAACAUCAUUGUGAACUAUGGUCCAGAAAAUAUUAAGCUGAUUCUGUCGCCAUCACAAGGUCCUUAUGAGGAAGGGUCAGACGUUAAUCUGAUCUGCUCCACUGAGUCCAGACCUUCAGCCCAAUGUACAUGGUUUCUGAAUGGAAACAAGCUGCCUGAUACUGGACCAGAACUCCCACUGAUCAACAUUAAUCUGAAUCAGAGUUUAUCUGAAGGAGAAGGUAUUUUGCCAGAUGGUCCUCUAAUCGCAUCUGUAGGAGGGACAGUAACAUUUACCACAACACUCACUCCAACAAACACACCAUUUAUUACCAUUCUUUGGAAAUUUGGUGUUACAACUAUAAUAUCAUCUGACCUAACAACAAACAAUACUGCACCAGAUUAUGAAGGAAGGAUCACUCUCUUCAUAUCUACUGGAUCUCUGGAGCUCAGGAAUCUGAAACUUAGUGAUGCAGGAGAGUACGGAGUUACCAUCUAUCCAGGACUUUUGGAAGGAAAAACAACACUAACUGUUUAUGGGUUAGCCUCUAAUGUAACCGUCAAUGUCAACAACACAGACUUGAUUGAGUUCAGCGACUCUGUCAGUCUGUCCUGUUCUUCCUCUGGAUCUUCCCUCUCUUUCCUCUGGAUGAACGGCAGCUCUGAGGUCGUAGCCAGUGGCAGAGUUCAGAUCACUGAUGGAGGCUCCACUUUAACUAUAAUUAAUGUGACCGACUAUGAUGAGGGACCAUACAUCUGUCAUGUGUCCAAUCCUGCCUGUAAUGCCAUCAGUGAUCCAGCAAACAUCACUGUGAACUAUGGUCCAGAAAAUAUCAAAAUGAUUCUGUCGCCAUCACAAGAUUCUUAUGAGGAAGGGUCAGACGUUAAUCUGAUCUGCUCCACUGAGUCCAGACCUUCAGCCCAUUGUACAUGGUUUCUGAAUGGAAACAAGCUCCCUGAUACUGGACCAGAACUCCCACUGAUCAACAUUAAUCUGAAUCAGAGUGGAAACUACAGCUGUCAGGCCUUCAAUCCCAAAACUCUGAGAUAUCAAACAUCUGAACCUGCAACUGUCUCUGUUCUCGCACCGAUAACUGGGGCCACCAUCCGCAGUCCUGCAGCCAUGCUGAUAGAAGAUCACAGCUCCACCAACCUCACCUGUGAGGCCUCUGGCUCCAUCAGCACCACACUGUGGAUGAAAGAUGGCCAGCCCGUUCAAACCAGUGACACUAUCAGCUUAUCCACGGAUAACAGGACAGUGUUCAUACAAACUGUUCGCAGCUCCAGCCACGGCACCUACCAGUGUCAAAUCAGCAACCCAGUCAGCAGCAUGACUGCAGCCUUUAAUCUCACUGUCAACUAUGGACCACAUAACAUAACCAUUACAGGACCAGCAGCAGCUUCUACUGGCCACAGAGUGAUCCUGCAGUGCACAGCAGCCUCGUUCCCACCAGCAAACUUUAGCUGGAUGUUUGACGGCAACCAGACACACAUCAACACCUCCGUGUUUGUUAUAGAGAGAUUAGAGGAAAAAAACACUGGGAAUUACACCUGCACUGCCAGAAAUAUGGUGACCAGGAAGGAAAACUUCACAGUCCUGAAUCUGAGAGCUUCCUGCAGUGCCCCCUGGUGGUCAUUCUCAGUUAUGGUCAUCAGUGCUCUGGCACUAAUGGGGUUAAUGCCAGAGCACUAA